CUCUCCCUCUCUCUAUCUCUUAGUUGUCAAUUACUCUCUCUCAAGCGAUCAGAUUUCAAGUUUUGUUUUUUUGUAAUUUUUAACCUAAAGUUUCGAAAGAAAAAAAACUCCAAAUGGGUCUUUGUGUAUCUGUUGGUCGUAGCGACUGCGAUUCUUCUCCGGCGGCUAAAAUCGUAACGGUUAACGGCGAUCUCCGGGAAUACAAUGUCCCGGUGUUAGCUUCACAGGUUCUUGAAGCUGAAUCGAUGGCUUCUUCUUCCUCUCGGCCUUCCUCUUAUUUUCUAUGUAAUUCAGAUUCUCUUUAUUACGACGAUUUCAUCCCGGCGAUCGAACCGGAGGAGAUUCUUCAGGCGGAUCAAAUCUAUUUCGUUCUCCCUGUCUCCAAACGUCAGUACCGUCUCACGGCGUCCGAUAUGGCGGCUCUGGCGGUGAAAGCUAGCGUCGCCAUGGAGAAAGCUGCGAAGAACAAAAAUCGCCGUCGCAAGAGCGGGAGGAUCUCUCCGGUGAUGAUGAUGAAUCAGCCUAACGAACGGCUCGUCGUCGUUAAUAGAAGUUCGACGAUGGUGCAAAAGGGAAACCUACCGAAUAAAACGACGCAGUUUAAGAGUACUAAUAUAAUCGGUUAUUCCCGGUCCGGUUCGGUACGGCAAUUGAAAAGAUAUGCGUCCGGGAGGGCUAGGAAGCUUGCGGCUCGAUCGAUUAAAAGACUCUCAACAAUCCACGAAGAAAACAUUUUUUAGAUCUCUAAGAACACUUUUUUUUUUGUUACGGAAAUUAUUGUUAAUGCUUGAAAUGAAAAAAAAUAACACACUCUGUAAAUUACAGUGUUCACUUUGUUCCUGUGAUAUUAUAUUUUCCCGUUUUGUUA